AAUGAUCGUUUGGCGAAGUUUGAUACGACCGGCCAUCGUGAAGCCUUUCGGAGGAAUCUUACGCCGCAACUAUGCCCUGUCAAUCGGCGAUAAGUGUGCCAGUCCACCGUCCAAGGGUUUGAUCCUGGGAAUCUACGCCGACGAAGAAGACGCGUUCGACACCGGAACUCUAACCCCCGUUGGAGCAAGGUAUAAUGAGGGUCUGACCAAUGGCCGUUUACUGGAGCUGAUCCGUUUGGCUGGUCCGAUUCCGAAGCGCGGCGAGGUGCGAAUCUUCUACGAUCUGGAACCAAAUUACAAAGCUGUGGCCGUUUGCGGUCUCGGAAGCGACUGUCUUGGAUAUGACUCGACGGAGAAGUUGGACGAAUCGAAAGAAGCCAUUCGAAAUGCCGUAGCUAGUGGGUGCCGCGAGCUGCAGAAACUGGAAACCAACUUCAUCUACGUAGAAGACAUGGGUCACGCUGAAUCAGCAGCCGAGGGGGCACACAUGAGUGUUUGGAUCAAUCAGGAACUGAAGAAGCCAGAGAAACGUAUGUUUGUUCCACACUGUCAGCUGCAUAUCGAUCGAUCUUUGCCGUGCGAUUCGGAUGGGUGGCGUAUUGGGAUGAUUAAAGCGGAAGCGCAGAAUUUAGCUCGGCAAUUGCAGGAGAUGCCCUCGAACCUAAUGACACCGACGACGUUUGCGCAGAAUGUGGUUCAAAUCUUGGCCAAUUCAGGUGUCAACGUGGAAGUGAAGGUUAAAAGCUGGGCGGAAGCACAGGGCAUGUCCUCGUUCUUAGCAGUUUCCAAGGGAUCCUGCCAACAGCCAAUCUUUCUGGAACUCAGCUACUACGGAGCAGGUUAUAAAGAAAAGCCGAUCGUGCUGAUUGGCCAGGGAAACACGUUCGACAGUGGUGGCCUGUGCGCGAAGUCGUGCCAAGACCUGCAGACGAUGCGUGGUGAUAUGUCAGGUGCUGCAUGCGUAGUGGCCACAUGCCGAGCGAUCGCAUCGCUUAAGUUGCCGGUUAAUAUUCGUGGUUUGAUUCCGCUUUGCGAGCACAUGAUCGGUUGCAACGCCAUCAAACCUGGUGACGUGAUUCCUGUCAAAAACGGCAAAAGCAUCGAAGUCGUUGAUGCAGAUCGGGAAGGACCGUUGGUGCUGGUUGAUGCCUUGCUGUAUGCUGAGAUCUUUGGGCCAAAAUACAUUGUGGAUGUAUCGACGGCUUCGGAACAUGUGAGCGAUUCCUUCGGACAGGUAUGCAGUGCAGUAUAUACGAACUCGGAACAGCUCUGGCAGCGGAUUAAGAAUGCUGGAGUCCACACUGGUGAUCGACUCUGGAGGCUACCAUUGUGGGAUUACUUCACACAACAGGUCAGUGCUGCUGAACACGUGGAUAUCCAGAAUGUUGGACGUGGCGUAGGUGGAGAACCAUGCUGCCAGGCGGCAUUCCUUCGCGAGUUCCUGCCAUGUGGACAAUGGCUGCACAUCGACGCUCACAACGUUAUGACCACGAAAGGAAUCGAUUAUCCCUAUCUGAGGCGUGGAAUGGCCGGUCGACCCACUCGAACACUGAUCGAAUUCAUCGCUCAAGGUGUUUGUAAACAAACUGACAUGUGUGUGCAGAAAAUAGCAGAUAAUCAUUAGUAAAAUCGAAAUUAUGCAACAGAUAUUUAUUUUUCGGACCGUAUUGAA